AUGGGAAAUUUUGUUCAAAAAUUCACCACCAAGUUCCAAAAUCUUGUGAAAUGUUUGAAGUUAAAGUUGAAUAGAAAGCAGUCAGUUCCAAAAUUCAUUUUGUUCCAAGACUUCUUUCUUUGUGAAAGACUUUCAAGGAAAUUAGGCUUUACAUUUCUUUUAAAUCCUAAAAACCCACCCAAUAAGUUUGCUAGGUUUAAUGGAAUCUUAAAUCAAGUUGCACAGAUCACUUUCAUGAUUCUAUUCCUAGUUUCAAUAAUAAUAUCCGUUCAAGAAGGAAAACUGUUGACAGUAAUUGAGAAUGUGUGUAUGGCAGGAAUUUUAUGUUAUAUCCUCGUCAAGCUUUAUGUUGUUUUCUAUAAAAAUAAGAAUAAGAUCUCAGAGAUCAUAGCAAAGCUGGAUGAACACUAUCCUCAUUCUGGUGUUGAUCAGCUUGAGUACAGAACAAAGAAUUAUUGGAAAAUUUUGAAUAUAAUGAAUGCAGUCUACAAUGUUGCUUAUUACAUAGUUCCAUACUUCUGUCUCAUGCCAUUUCUCAGGCAAAUUUAUGCUGCAUAUAUGUCGAUAGAACUAGAAUGGGAAUCUAUUUUUACACUAAACUUAGGAUUUGAUCAACAAAAUCCUGUUAUUUAUGGAUUAAUAUAUAUUAUCGAAGCUUGGUACAUCCUAUUUGGAGCUUUCUUUCCACUCUGUUCUGACUUAUUGUAUGCUAGCCUAAUGCAGAUUCUUGUUAUGGAACUUGACACUCUUGGGCAAGUCAUAAGUGAAAUUGCCUUUAAAAACAGCGAAGAAGAUGUCAUGAAAGAUAUUAAAGUGCUUGUGGAUAUUCAUCAGGAAUUAAUUGAAGUUGCUGAAAAACUGGAGGAAAUAUUUUCUCCAAUAAUUCUUAUCAAUGUGCUUGGAUCAAUAAUAGGACUGUGCACUGCUAGUUUUCUUUCUGUUUCAGGAGUUAGUGGAUAUUUUAUUGCAAAAUACUUUUUGCUGCCAAUCAUUGUGUCUAUACAAAUAUUUGUUCAAUGCUAUUUUGCACAACGAUUGAUUGACUCAUCAUCUUCUAUUACCACAUCAGUUUACAAUACAGAAUGGUACAACAGUAGUGUUAAAGUCCAAAAGUUUAUUCUAUUGAUUAUGAUCAGAGCUCAGAAGACACAAGCUAUCACUGCUUUAAAGUUCUUUGAUGUAUCAUUAGAGACUUUUCAAUGGGCAACAAUGUUUGCAUACACAUAUGAGCGAGAGAGCGAUGAUGAUGAUGAAGGUGAUGAAUCCUUUUACAUAUUUUCACACUUUGAUAACUUCCUUGACUCACUUCCGCCUUUUUUUUCAUAUGCACAGCGAGCAAAAAGAAGAAAGAUUGAAAAAUAUUUUUCGUGUGAGUUCCAGCCACCCUCGAAGAAGAGUUUCAAGACAUAA